CAGACGCGGCUAGUUCAAGUUGCCAUAGCACAGAGGAGCUGUUCUCCUGUUAGCUCACAGACUACACGCGACUAAAACAAGCGUCUUCUUUUGGAAUUAUUCACACAAACAGCAAGUACUUCCUCUGUUUCUUCAAGCGGUGGACACGAGCAGUGUUCUGUGGCCUCGCUGUUUUAUCUCAGAGCUAAAUAAGUGAGCUAACGGUGGGUGAGCUAGCUAAAGCUCAGUAGUAGAGAUGCCACUUGUUGCUAACCAGGAGGCGCGUCAGUCACAACAAUGGCUGUGAUUGAUUGGGAGGGGACCAGUGGGAGCUGCAGGGCUGCUAUGGUCAGAUAGUUGCAUUCUUGUCAUCCUCUGGUUGCUAAAUGGACGAUGACUGAGCUCCCGGGUCUGUUUGCUGUGAUAAAGAUCCUUAUCUCACAGAAAGUUCUAAACCGUCCCACCGUGGUCGUUAAUCUGAUUAACGUCACAGUGAACACUCCGCGGUUUGCGCUGACGAAGCUGGAGGUCGAUCACUAAUCUACACAUUAUCCCAGUCGGGCGUGUUAGUUUUGUCGCGAACCCAAACUAUGGACACAUCCAGCGGGUCGGACUCGUACGACCGGACGCGGGGCCACAGGCCUCGGGGGCGUGAAGCCCACCGCAGAGCCGGCCGGGACAGGGUCGGCGCCGGCGGGGACCGAGCAACAGACAUAUGCGAGAAGAUCGACACCCUGGCCAGCACGUUACAGGGCACCAGUAGAAACUUGACCAAAGUAGACCGUAUGCUGGGCCAGUACAGGGACCAUACAGACGACCAUGCUGAAGCCAUGGCACUGCUCAGGGAAAACCUGGAGGAGUCGAUCAGUCAGCUGCAGACACAGAGGCUGAGUAGAACCAAUGGGGCUCGGAGUGCUUCAGCUUCGGCCUCCACACUGCACACAAGUGACCUGGAGGCUGGUUCAGGCUCAGAAGGCCAGCGUUUCUACCCUACCUCUCCACUGAGGGACUACACAGGCUCCACAGGGAGGAGGAAGAGGUCUCAGUCGGCCGGUGUUCGCUUCAAGAAGGAUGCCACUCGGAAAGGAGACGGUAUUCAUUCUAUAAACCAAUCCUUGAGGGAUCUACAAAGUGACCAGCUGAGACUGUCUGAUGACCUGGAUAGAGAAAUCCUCAGGAGGAACAGGACUGAUAUUGACACCAGGCGGGCGAUGGAGAGCCUCACAGGACACUUGACAACAUCCCAGAGACAAGACUCAGUGUCGUCUCACGUGGAGCGGCGGCUGCAGGAGCUGGAGAGAGAGAUGCACAGCGAGGAGACAAGCACGGAGAGAGAAAGGCGGCCCCAGCAGCGGGCGGGCCUAUCCGAUGAGCUGCAGGAGACGGUAGGGAGACGACAACUUCAAGUCCACGAGAGAGACGAGGCCAUGGCAGCCAGGUUAUUGAAAGCAGAGAAGGAGAAGAUGGAGCAGGAUCUGGAGAGAGCUAGAAGACGAUUAGAACAGUCCGAGGACAGCAGAGAGUCACUCGUCCAACAGGUGGAGAACAUGCGAGAUGAGCUGCUGAGGAUAAGUAAGGAGAAGACUGAGCUUCACAGGAUGCAGCUGGAUACCUCUCAGCACACCGCUCAAACACAUGGCAACCACACUGACAGGGCGGAGGGAAGAGGUGGACAGCGAGGGCCAGACUUAGAAAAAGAAGUGGCAGACUUGCGGGUUCAGCUGUGCAAGGCCUCUGUUCUCCGUGAAGUCGAGGAACUGAAGAGGGCUUUGGACCAUAAGGAGAAGGAGAGGGUCCAACUCAGCCUACACGUGGAGGAAUUGUCAUCAGACCUGGCGCGGCGGGAGCAGCAGCAGCUACGAAUAUUGGAACAGUUGAAGCAGUUACAGAGCCGAGAGCAGGCUGAGAGGAGGGAGAUGGAGGCAUUACUCCAGGAGAGCACGAGGAGCAGGGAUGAAUUGAAGACCAGGGCCCAGGAGGCUGUGCGCCAGUGGAGGGCAAAGUGCAAGAGAUUGCAGAAGGAGCAGGAGGAGGCAAAAGCCCAGGCGCAAUUCCAUACUGACAAGGCCUCGCAGGCAGCCAGGGAGAAGGAGAACUCUCAGGCCCAGCUAAAGGCGCUGAGCCAGCAUACUGAGGCAGCCCGCAGGGAGCUCACUGAAAUCCUAGGCCGCUUGGCCCAGCGCGAGGAAGAACUACACCGCAAAGACGUGGAGCUGUCCGAGACCCGCCAGCGGCAGUUGUCACUGGAGCAGGAAAUGCGGGAGGUAAGGGAGGCCUCGGCUGCCCGGGAAGAAGAGACUCGGCGUCAGUCUGCCAUCCAAACAAGACUAAAGGAAGAGAACCAGAGGCUGGAGGAACGAGCCGACAGCCAAGCCCGCCAUCUUCAAAGAGACCAGGACAAGCAGGAAGAGCUCCAGGCCGCCCUCAAGCGCAUGACCUCAGCUCAUUCCCAUCAAGCUCAGCGGUUAGCUGAGGAGGAGAGAACCAGGAAGGAGCUCCAGAAGGGAGCGUCAGAACAACAGGCUAAUCUGACAACGAUGCAGGAGGAGCGGGAGGCACUGGCUCAACAGCUGCAGCUCGAGAGGGAGGUGCAUCAGAAGGAAGUGGACAACUUGAAGGCAAUGAUGGAAGACGUCAGGAAAAGGAAGCAUCGGGAAAUGCAGGCACAACUAAAGGAGUUUAAGGAAGAUGCAGCGUCAGAUAAGGAGCUGUGUGGGGCGCUCCGCAUCAAGUUGGACAGGAUGAAGGAUGAGUGUGAUAAGCUGGCAGCAGAGCUUUGCACAAAAGACGGGGCACACGCACUUCUCCUCAGAAAGUACCAACUACUCAAAGAGGAAAUGGAUGAUAGAGUCAGGUCAGGUGACCAGAGACGUGCUCCAGAACUGGAGGCGAAGUUGUUGCGGAUGGAGGCGGAACAAGAAACUAUCCUUACCUCAAUGGGGGAGGAACUAGACACAGCCUGCCGCAGCCUAGCGAGGAAUGGUGAAGACAAACUACAGGCAAUCUCACAGAAACCUGGAUUAGUAAAAGACCCCCAUCACUGGCUUGCCGAAUCAAAGACAAAGCUACGCUGGCUGUGUGAAGAGGUGCGGGAACGUGUCGUAAGAGAACAGCGCCUGAGGAAGCAGCAUCAGCAGGCCCGGGAUCAGUUGAAGGCGCUGACGAAGAGCCGGGACUCAGAACAUGAUGCUCUCUUGCAGCGACUGGACCAACAAGAGAAGCUGCUUCACUCCCUGAGCACUGAAAAGAAAGAGCUGUUGGAGCGGAGUCGCAGGAAGGAGGAGGAAAUGAGGAGCCUUCAGGACCGUAUUUUGGAUGUAGAGAUGAACACAAGAAUAGCCCUCGACCACCUGGAGUCAAUUCCUGAAAAACAAUGUCUGAUGGACAACUUCAAAGAUUUAGAGGAGUCACAGCGGCAGAGGGAGAUGGUCGAGCAGCGAUACACCAAAUACAAAGAGAUCGUCUGGGACCUUCAGCACCAGCUGGACGAGUCCAAACGCGAAAUCCAAGAGUACAGAGACGAGAAGCUGGAUGCCACGACCAGGAGCCUGAAACUUGCUGCUCUUUCCUCCAGCAUCAAAGGCCCCGGCACGUUCCUCAGCAACUCGCUGAGGUCUGACACUCUGUCUCCUCGAAAACGCCUGACCAGUUCGGAUCUGGACGACUCUGAAGUCAACGGGGCCAAACCACUCACAGAUUAGCUCAACCUCAAGUGAUCUUUUAUCUCUAUCUGUUGGAACGUGGACACACAGCGACGCGCACAGCUGACUGUACCUGCCCAGUGCUGAUCCAGAACCGACUGGACUGGACUCUGGGCCUCGCACUCAACACUAAUCCUCCUCGACUACCUCAAGCAGGCGAACACUGAAGCUGCUCGAGAGCAGAGGAGCGACUGAGGGAUUUCACACACACUUUGAAGAAGGACAUAUUUUUGCACACUGUAAAAGAGGAACUACUGUCAAGUGUUUUUUAUUUAUUAGACCCUGAAGUGAAGUUAUUUAUUGGGUUUCAACCAAAAUCAUUUCACUGUUACAUUCUAUUUUACAACUUUUUAACUCAACAGAUAUUUUAAAUCUUGUAAACCAAACUGUACUCCUCUCAUUAUGUGUUGGUGCUCAAAUGAUUUGGACACAGUUAAGGCCUUUGCACACAAAAUGAAUAUUUGUCUAUUUGCAUAUUACUAAUAUUUUUGUAUUUUUUUCAGAACUUCGAA